AGUCUGUAUUUAUCAAAUAAAGCCUUUUCAUCCUUCUUAGAGCUGCUGGGGGGGGAGGGAGGAACAUGACGGACACGGACGACAUUGUCACCCACAGCCAUGGGAGAUCUCCGUGCCUGUCCUAUGUCUGCUCCUGUGACAGGAUGGACACAGCAUGGCCAGGGAGAGCCUGGGUGCCCCAGCUCUGCUCCCUGGUGCCACCCUGACCCUGUCCCACUAGCCUCGGCUCUGCCCGGACCCUUCCCUAGCGCUGCUGCCAUCGUCCCAUUGCCAUCCCCACUGCUUACCAGUGUGGGGCCACUACCUCCCUUUUCCCAGUGUUCCCCUCCAGAGGUUUCAGCCUGUGUCUGCCCUGGGGCGAGGCAGGAUGGUCCAUGGAGGCGGAUGGUCCUGGGACCACCUUUGCAGCCACCAUCACCUGUCACAGUGAAAAUGGUGCCUUUCUACAGCCGGAGGCUGGGGUGCCCAUGGGACAGGGCACCCAAGGGUGGCUCUGGGAACUGCCCAGGAGGGUGACAGUGACGUGUCCCUAUCUGUCCUUCCCCCAGGUCCUGUGCCGGGGGCUGGUGCCCAGCGCAUUAACUGUUCCGGCACAGGGCAGUGCCGGCCUCAUCUUACAAAGGGGGAGAGCAAAGCCCGGGGAGACUGAACAAUGUCCCCAUUGCCAGGAAUAGCUGCCGGCUCUGCCGGCCGGUCCCACUGCCAGGCUGCCCGUGCGUGGCGGGGGAGGCCAGGCAGCCACCGGGACCCUGGCAAGGCUGCUUGGGACGCUCCGUACCUGAGAUCAUCCUCCAAAGCAGCACGGAGGGGCCGCGACUCCUGGCAUCACGUGCUGCCUGCUGCUGGCUGAGAGGUUUGGGGGGCCCCAUUGCCCGCCUUUGGGGUGGGCAGCAACCCCCGCCCCCGGGUGCCAGGGAGCCUUGGGUGCUGCAGUAGGUGCUGCAGCAUCUGGUUGCAUGGGGAUGGGGUGAUGGGAGCCAUGGGGAGCAUCCUGGCUGCCCAGGGUGGGUGGCACAGGCACAGGACCCACAGGGCGACCCCAGCCCAUGUACCCACUCCGCCAAACCUCUCUGAACCAGCUGCCUGCGGGCUGUGUGUGCCCCAAUUCCUGCACCCAGCAUGGGGGUCCCAGGCAGCCUGGAGGGGGGGCGGGGGCAGUAAGUCUCUUUAAGAGGGUGUGGGGCUGGGGAGGUGAGUCAGGGCCACCAGAAAGCAGGAGGGUGAGCUCAUGGCAAAGCUGCCCCAGUCAUGUGGAACAGUCACAGCUGUCGGUGCCCUUGGGCCACGGAACGGAGGGACCGGCGGCAUAAAGCCCCGCAGCCAGCGGAGCUGCCGGCAGCACCGGGAGCCAGGGCCAGCAGCUCCCUACCCGUGGAGGCAAGGAGGAGAGGCGGCAUCCUGCACGGGGCUGUGCACCGCAGGCAGACAUGGAGCUGGAUGUGGAAAGGGCCAAGGAGCUCAUUGAGCAGAAGCUGGCGGAGGAGGAGGAGGAGGAGAAGGUGGGUCCACCUGAGCCCCUGGAGAUCGAGGGUCCUGUGGAGCCGGAGACCUUCCUGAGAGCUGCUGUCCAGGGCAAGAUGCCCGUCAUCGAGAAGUUUCUGGCAGACGGUGGCCCCCCUGACACAUGUGAUGAGUUCCACCGCACAGCCCUGCACCGCUCCUCGCUGGAGGGACACAUGGACAUCCUGCAGAAGCUGCUGGACAGUGGGGCCACCGUUGACUUCAGGGACCGGCUGGACUGCACCGCCGUGCACUGGGCCUGCCGGGGUGGGCACCUGGAUGCCGUCAAGCUGCUGCAGGACCGUGGGGCAGACCUCAACCUGAAGGACAAGCUGCUCAGCACUCCCCUCCACGUGGCCACCCGGACUGGGCACCCCGACAUCGUGGAGCACCUCAUCCACAGUGGGGUGGACAUCAACUCCCCAGACAGGGAAGGCGACACGGCACUGCAUGAUGCCACACGGCUCAGUCGCUACAAGAUCAUCAAAAUGCUGAUCCUGCAUGGGGCCGACAUGAUGGCCAAGAACGAGGCUGGCAAGACCCCCACGGACCUGGUGCAGCAGUGGCAAGUGGACACGCGCCAGGCACUGGAGACCAAGGAACAGCCGCAGGUGGAAACGGAGGUCCCUGCGUGAUGGCGCUGGGCAGGGACCAGGGACUGGGCUCAGCUCCAAGGAGCAGGAUCCAGCCAAGACUUGUCUGUGUCAA